AUGAGGUCGGCCAGAUACUGUAUCCUCGAAGGAAAACUUUAUAGAAGAUCCUAUCUAGGGCCUCUAUUGAAGUGUCUGGGACCAGCAGCAGCAUCAAAAGUCAUGGCCGAAGUACAUGAAGGCCAUUAUGGCAAUCAUUCCAGGGGAAGAGCACUGGCUAGAAAAAUAAGACUACACGGUUUCUAUUGGCCGACUUUGGUGAGAGAUUGCGAAAGGUUCAGUCCAUUAAGGGUGUUAAUCUCUGACAAUGGGUCCCAGUUUAUCAGCAAAGGGUUCAGAGACUUAUACAAGGAAUGGAAAAUCAAGCUCCAAUACUCCUCACCAAGACAUCCACAAGGAAAUGGCCAGACAGAAGUAUCAAACAAGAGUAUACUGAAUACUCUAAAAAAGCGACUGGAGGAUUCGAAAGGAUUAUGGGUCGAAGAAUUCCAAGGAGUCCUAUAG